CCUAUUUCUCUAGGUAAUCUAUUAUUAACAACUUCUUCCCAACUUAUGUCACUGUAAAGGAAUACGAUAUUCACGACUUGUCUCAAACAAGAGAAAGAAACAGGCAUAAAAUUUUUUAUAGAUAUUCGCGAUAUGUUCCCUAUGGUAACUGGGUUCAUGAAUUAUGGUCAACAAACAAUACGGGCUGCAAGAUACAUUGGUCAAAGUUUCAUGAUUACCUUAUCCCAUGCGAAUCGUUUACCCGUAACUAUUCAAUACCCCUAUGAAAAAUUAAUCACAUCGGAGCGUUUCCGCGGCCGAAUCCACUUUGAAUUUGAUAAAUGCAUUGCUUGUGAAGUAUGUGUUCGCGUAUGUCCUAUAGAUCUACCUGUUGUUGAUUGGAAAUUGGAAACGGAUAUUCGAAAGAAACGAUUGCUUAAUUACAGUAUUGAUUUCGGAAUCUGUAUAUUUUGUGGUAAUUGCGUUGAGUAUUGUCCAACAAAUUGUUUAUCGAUGACUGAAGAAUAUGAACUUUCUACGUAUGAUCGUCACGAAUUGAAUUAUAAUCAAAUUGCUUUGGGUCGUUUACCAAUAUCGGUAAUUGACGAUUCCACGGUUCGAACAAUUUGGAAUUCGCCUCAAAUAAAAAAUGACUAAACCCCUUGAUUCAAGAGCAAUUCCCAAUUACUAAGGUUAAGUUUUGAUCUAAACGAAUACGGUUUUUGUUUGGUCAAUAACUAAAAAUCCAAACUAUUGAUUAGUUGGUGAGAACCGCGGCUCAAUUUGGAUAGAAAAUCUAUUUCUAUAUUUUAUUCCAUAUUCGUAAUGAUUUCAAAAUAUAUAGUUUCAAACUAUCCUUUCGGAUAAAGAAUGAGAUUUCUGUACCUAAUACGCACUCAUUAAGAUUGAAUUCAAUUAACAAUUAAGAAAUCUCAUAAAAAAAUAUAGAGUCACCUUUUUCCUGGUCAGGUCAAUAAAGUCAUGAAAUAUUUCGAUUUAUUUAUUUCUUAUUUUACAUAGAAUGGAUUUACCUGGACCAAUACAUGAUUUUCUUUUAGUUUUUCUGGGAUUGGGUAUUAUAUUGGGAGGUCUGGGAGUAGUAUUACUUAACAAUACAAUUUUUUCCGCCUUUUCAUUGGGAUUGGUUCUUGUUUGUAUCUCCCUAUUCUAUAUUCUAUCUAAUUCCCAUUUUGUAGCCGCUGCGCAACUUCUUAUUUACGUAGGAGCUAUAAAUAUUUUAAUCAUAUUUGCUGUGAUGUUCAUGAAUGGUUCAGAAUAUCACAAAGAUUUUUAUCUUUGGACCGUUGGGGAUGGGGUUACUUCGAUGGUUUGUACAAGUAUUUUUGUUUCACUAAUUACUACUAUUCUAGAUACGUCAUGGUACGGGAUUAUUUGGACUACAAGAUCAAACCAGAUUCUAGAACAAGAUUUGAUAAAUAAUAGUCAACAAAUUGGGAUUCAUUUAUCAACAGAUUUUUUUCUUCCAUUUGAACUCAUUUCAAUAAUUCUUUUAGUUGCUUUAAUAGGCGCAAUUGCUGUAGCCCGUCAAUAAUAAAUUUUUAGAACUAAGAAUCAAAAUCCAAUUUUGUUCUAGGUUAUCACAUUUAUUUCCCUUCAAUUCUAUUUGAAUUCGUGUAUAAAAUAGAAAUGCUUUUAGUUUGAUCUAUUACUAAUAUAUUCAUUCCAUACUUGUUAUAUUCGAGUCAAUCGAAUCGGUUGAAUUGUUGUUCAUAUUGAAAUAAAU